CAUUUACAGCAUUUGAACCAAUGCCAGCAACCCUGCGGCUAUGCUGCCACACCGUGACAGUCUCAACGGUGCGCGUCUUGCUGGAGAUCGUCUGCGAGCUGGCCACCUCGCCUUCCUGUUCCACGAUGUCGUGGGACGCCACCGCGCUGGUGGUCACAGUGGUGGCUGCAAGUGGUGGCGCCCACUGGCCCCGGCCCCUCGUCCACCUGCAUUCAAAUCAAUGCCAGCAACACUGCGGCUACGCGGCCAUACCGUGACAGUAUCAACGGUGCGCGUCUUGCUGGAGAUCGUCUGCGAGCUGGCCACCUCGCCUUCCUGUUCCACGAUGUCGUGGGGUGGCACCGCGUUGGUGGUCACAGUGGUGGCUGCAAGUGGUGGUGCCGACUUGCCACGGCCCUUCGUCCACCUGAUUCGCGGGUAUGGGCGACGGCAGACGGAGUGCAAGAAGACCACUUUUGUGUUCACACUCACCAAAGACUCACAGGCCUGCUUCAUUCAAACGGAAACAUGAAUGGUUACCGCGAGACUUGAAACGAUUCGCGGGUAUCGGAGCCAGCAGACGGAGUGCAAGACCAAUUUUCUGCUCGCAUUCACCCAAGAACCACAGGCCUGCUUCAUUCAAACGGAAGCAUGAUUGGUUACCGCAAGACUGGACACGGUGAGCUCAAGAGAACAAGGCUUGUGAGAUGAAAGCUAUGCGAAAA